AUGUCAUCGACCGACGGAAAUCCAAAGUCUCGAGUUGGCUGUACUCCAAAAACUCAAUUUGAUUGUGGUGGCAUCAUCUGGCUUAAUCGCUCUGGAAUGAAAGUUCCCCAAAUCUCCAAUCUAAUGAAGAUUCCAAAGUCAACUGUUCGCGAUGUAAUCAAACGAAUGGAGAAAACUGGAACUACUGAGCUGAAACCAAGGACGGGCAGACCAAAGAAAAUUGUUGAAAAGUAUCAGAGUCGCCCAGGAUUGCGUAUCAAGAAAAACAUUAUCGGGUCGUCUUCUUCCGAUACAACCUCCACUACAAGUUCCAAUACCAGUAAAACAAACUCGAAAACAGACGACGAGGCCCAAGGGAAGGAUUGGAUGUAUAACACGCGUCCAAAAAAAAUAACUCGUCUUAAAACCAACUCCACCCCAUUUCACUCUCACUCUCACUCUCACCUCAACCCCGACUCCAACCAAACCCAACCCAACCCGACUCAACCUUUGAAAAGCCAAGGCAAAGCAAGGCGAAGCAAGGCAAAGCAAGGCAAAGCAAGUCAGGCCAGGCCAGGCCAGGCCAGGCCAGGCCAGGUCAGGUCAGGUCAGGUCAGGUCAUUUGGCCUAAUGACCCAAUGUUCAUGGACAUCGUUAACUUCUGGAAUUUCUAUGGAACUCCAAAAACAAGCUCACUGGGCCUCAGUCAUGGACGAACAGUCCUUCCUUCCUGGUAUGAUAGCAACCGAGGCGCUUGUGGAGUUUGUUCAAGAACUGGUUCGCAAGGUAGACUAUACCAACAAAGUUGUAUAUGUUGGUGCUCUUUUUGUCAACUUUUUAUUCAUAAAAAUGCCUGCUGAUGGUCUUUUAAUCCCAACCAUCGACCAGAGUCUAUUCGCUUCUGUUUUUGCUGAUUCCGUACAAGAAACAGUCUUUCAACUGGAAAAAACAAUUCAGAAGAAAAAGGAAGCGCCUGCUCAAAAACAACCUGCAGAUUUUAUCAACGAUAUUGAUAAAGGUUGCCAGAUUUGGGCUGUUGACCCUGGUGUUUGUGAUAUCAUCACCGCUAUCGAUACAUCUGGGAGACAAAGAACGACAAGCGUGAAUGAAUAUUAUCAUCUUCGUGGAUUUAAUGAUGCACCACACAAGUACAAGAAUAAAUUCUUUCUUCCUGCCUCCACUGACCAUACUGAGGCUCCCGUAAAAACAAGCAUUGCUUUUGGGGAUGGUGUCAUGAACAUGGAGAUGUACAUGUUAUAUGAAUACCUGACCAGCCAAGUAUGCAAUGAGUUCAAGAAGAGAAAUGUAGAAAACUUAGUUAACAGCAAGUCGAAGCGAAGAGUGCACGCAAUAUUGCAGCUCCAAGAAACCACUUGCAAUAUUGUAUGGAAUCGCGACAUUAUGGCUGUACACAAUAUUUUAGACAUUUUCUUAUUUUCUUCACGAAACAACAACCAACGUCCUGAUGUUUCUGUGCGCCAAACUGAAACCAACCCUGGCCACCAGCCUUCUUCUGUAUGA